AGAACCAAUUUAUCUUGAUAUUAAUAAUUUUAUGACCUUUAGAUGCAGUCAAGAGAAAAAAUUAAUAACUCGUAUCUGCAAGAAAUACUUACAGAUGUUGUUGAAAAGAAACUUGUUGAUCUUUUUAUUCAAAAUUGGGACACUCAUUACAAAACAUCCCACGGAGAAUGGGAAAAUACAAACGUCAGUGGUAUGAAGUUGUUCAAUAUUGAAAAAACAAAAAUGAAACCUAAACCUCAUGACAAACACAUUAUGUCAAAAUUUCAAGAUGGUGACACCAGUAAGUGGGAUUGUACAACACUAUUUGCAGCAAUAUUGUUUUCGAACUCAUCAUUUAAAGAUCUAGCAUUUUCAUUCACUGAAAUUAAUAAAAUUAAAUGUCAACGAAACACAUUUAAUUCUUUUCAAAAACUUCCUUGCAAACCAAAUCACAAUGUGGUUAAACGUACAGAGUUACUUAAUCAAAUCACAGCAGAUCUCAAUAACUUGCGCAGUACCAACAAUAAUGAACUAACAUAUUACUAUAUUUCUGGUAAUCCUGGCAGUGGUAAAUCUGAAUUAGCUAGACAAAUUUGCGAAGAAAUGUAUAACUCGUUUGACUGGGAAAAUAAAACAACAUUUGUGAUGACACUUGAAGGAAAAGAUAUCGACUCUCUUUUAAAAACUUACGCUGAACUUUGUCAACGAUUAAGCAAUGAUAAAACUGUCAUUGAAAAUAAUCUGAAAGAAGCAAGAACUCAUGUCGACAGCCUCGCCCAAAGAUUGCUGUUUCAUCAAGAGCUCUGUAGCGAUUCAUUGAUCGAACAGCAUUCCCAGCAAGAAAACCAUGACACUCCUAUAAGUAUCAAUACGUAA